AUGCUCAGGAUUUGCAUAAUAUUUUCUAUAUUUUUAGUUUCACAUGUUUUUUUAACUGGUGAGUUUUUUAAAAUUAAUUUUUUAAAAGAAAUUAUGAAUGAGUUUUUCAGAUCCAGGAAAAGGCUUCAACCCCACAAAAUGUGAAGUUUGCCAAGUUGUAGCGCUAGAAUGGGGUGCAAAAGCCUCCAGAAUACACAGUGUAAGUUUUUUUCUAAAAAUGUUGAAUUUUAUGAAAAUUAAAAAAAAAUUCCAGAGAACUGAAACAGAAUUCGAAGAUCUCUUUGAUAAUUUUUGCCAUAAUUUUAAUGAAUACAAGGUGAGGAAAAUAUUGAUAAGAAGAAGAAGAAAAUUGAUAAUUUUUUAGGUACAUAAAGAAAAAACGGGUAUUGAGAGAUUUGCCAGAGGACCAUCGAAAACAAUCGAGACAUUGAAAGAGAUGCGAGCCAAAGGUGUGAAGGUGAGUAUUUUGGGAAAGGUUUUGCUUUGCAAUUAG